AAUUGUAUGUUAAAUAGAUUUAUAACCAUUUUAAUUAAUUGCUUAUAUAUCUAUUUAUUUAUGACGACAUAAUCCGGGAUAUUUGGCAGUAAUCUAGUGGUUAAUAAUAUGCACAUCUGUUAUCAUCAAAUUUUCUCGUCUCGCAUAUUUCUGUUUUAUAAACAAGAGAUAUGGAUGCUUUAAAUGCUAUUAUUGAUACAAAUUCUAAAAAUGAAGUGUCGAAAAGAAAAAUAUCAUUUUCCGGUAAGGCAUUAAUAACGGUAACUGGUGGAAUUGGUGUAACAAUAAGCUUGGUUGCUGUCGCAUUUGUAGCUCCAGCAUUUAGAAGGUAUUGUCUACCAUAUGUUCCAGCUACAACUGAACAAAUUAAAAAUGUGCUAUCCAUCCUGCCAACUAAAGAAGAUACACAGAAAAUUUCUAAGGUUCUUUUAGAUAUUGGGUCUGGAGAUGGCAGAAUAGUUUUUGCAACGGCGAAUAAAGGAUUGACAUCACAUGGUGUUGAAUUAAAUCGAUGGUUAGUUUAUUACUCUAGACUGAAAGCUUUGAAAAACGGUAUAAAAAAUGCGAAAUUCUUUCAAAAAGAUUUGUGGAAAUAUAACAUUUCUACAUACGAUUAUAUAGUAAUAUUUGGAGUUGGGCAGAUGAUGUCGGAUUUAGAAAAAAAAUUAGUUAAAGAGGCAAAAGACUCAAGUAAAAUAAUAGCAUGCAGAUUUCCUUUUCCAAAUUUAACUCCUAUUAAAAUAAUUGGAACAGGUGUGGACACAGUUUGGUUAUACGAAAUCAAAAGAUUUUAAUAAAUUUUAGUUUAUAUUCAAGAAAUAAGAUGUUUUAUAACUUAUUAAAUAAAUGAAAUAUUAUAUUGUGUACAAUAUUUUUGUUAAAUAAAAAUCAUAAUGCAAAAAUUUUAA